AAAAACCUCAUCUUGUGUUUUGAUGGUACCUCCCAGCAGUUUGGCCCUAAGCCGUUUACGAAUGUGUUGAAACUCUUCCGAAUGCUAGCCAAGGAUUCCUAUGACAAGCAGAUGUGUUACUACCAACCAGGGAUUGGAACAUCCUUCCAGGCCGAGGCCACCAGCCUUAAGCAUUCAGACAUUUUGGGAUGUGCUUUGGGUCGAGUAGAUGCUGACAUUGACACGAUGAUUGCGUUUUCCUUGGAUGCCCACGCCAAAGCGGCUUACAAAUAUCUUAUGAAAUUCUACGCCAAAGGUGACAGGAUCUACCUCUUUGGAUUUAGUCGCGGGGCCUUUACAGCCAGAGUUCUCGCGGGGAUGAUCGAACGAGUGGGGUUGCUAAACUCGGGGUUGGAGGACAUGGUGGACACUGCGUGGUCUAUCUACAAGACAUGGGAGUAUGCGGGACAACCGGCCCAGCAAGGAGAUUUAACCAUUACGUUAGUGGAGGAGUUUAAGAGCGCGUUUACCCGUGGAAUAGUGAAGAUCCACUUCAUGGGACUCUGGGAUUCUGUCAACUCCGUGGGACUCUUGAGAGACCGUUUGUUCCCCUUUACCGCCAGAAGCAACAUUGUCAAACACGUUCGACACGCCGUUAGUCUAGACGAACGCCGCGGAAAGUACAAGCAAAACUUAUUUCUCCCGAUUGAUGUUCCGCCGUCGCCUGAUUUGGUUGAAAUGUGGUUUCCCGGAGAGCACUCAGACGUAGGAGGUGGGUGGUCCCCAACUCCAGACGGCCAGUUUCUUUCCAACCUUCCCUUGCGCUGGAUGCUUUUCCACGCGGUAAAGUAUGGGGUGCUUUUCAAGGAAGGGUCGAUUCACGAGUUUGCGGUCAGGUAUCCGUCUAAGGAUAGUUUGUACGCGGGCCACCACGACGCGUUAUCUCUACGCAUUAGAACCAAAGGAAAGUACACCCAAGGAACCAGCGACGCAAAUUGGGUCUCCCGAAGCCUUUCCCGUAUCAUUAAUGGAGCCCCGUCUGAGAACAAAACCACGCACUUCAUAACCAACAAAAAGAAAAGAAGUUCCCUGGAAACUUUUGUGAUUCCAAGGUCAUCCUCCCACGAGUCAAGCAUCGGGGAAAACGUGCUACGCUUUGCUUCCAGAGCAGAAGAAUCGUUUACACAGGCGCUUUUGUGGUGGUUGAUCGAAUUGGUCCCCGUGGGGACGUUCAUUGAGAAUGAGAACGGCGAAUGGAAAAGUCGAAUGGUUCCCAACUUAGGAAGGCAUCGCCGUGUUCCUGACAACCCUUUGAUCCACUGGAGCGUGUUCUACCGGAAGCAUCUUAUCGAGGACUAUAAUCCAAAGAAUUUA